CGCGCUGGGGACUCGGGCCGCGGCGCUGCCGGCUUAAUCCUUUGGGCACCCAGCUGUCACGGCCGGGUCGGGGCGCGGCGGUCGGGCAGGGCCCGCGGGGCGGGGCAUUGCCGUGGGCACCGGCAGGCAGGCGGCGGGCGGCUUGAUCGGGGAGCCGCGGCGUGGGGCCCGCGCGAGGACCGAGCAGCCCCGGCUGGCGGACCAACUGACCGCGCUGCGCCCGGGGCGGGGACCCAGCUGCAGCGGGGGCUGCGGAGCAGCUCCGGAGCUCGAACUUGCGGGAGGCUGCGGGGAGCCGGCUGAAGUACUGGCACUCGUGUGGGUUCUCCCGGGUGACCAAACUCCUCCCGCGCAGAGGCCCGAGCCUCAGCAGCCCGUGGCCUUGCGAGGCCUGCGUUUCCUUCCCUCGUCCCGCAGAGUGCGAGGAGACCUGAGGGUUGGGCCUGACCUCGGCACUCCCUCCGCAGCUGUGGUCUGACAGCCCAGCCGCCGGCACUUUUGACCCGGAGUCAAACUGGGGCCCGCUGUGGGACGAAGGCAAGAUUGGUACUUAAGGGGGCACCAGCCGAGACAACUGGGGAUUGUCGGGGAGAAGAGGAAUCCCCCAAAGGGAAAGCAGGCCCUAAGAUUUGCCCGGUUUGAGAAGGAGGGAUGCCCAAGAAAGGCACGGGCCCCUUGUUUUCUGUGCGGGGUGAUGACCUGACACUCAUGGGAAAAGGUCACUGCUGGACACCUGGAUCGGUCUGUCAUGUCCAGAGGAAGCAGCUGUUUUGCCAUCCGCCUGUUCUUCUACCAUCUGAGUAUCCUGACGGUGCCAUCCUGUAGGCCAUGGAGAAUGAGCUGCCAGUCCCCCAUACAUCCAGCAGUGCCAGUGUCACCAGCAGUACCAACGGGGUCAGUAGCAGCAGUGGUGGAAGUGGCCGCCCCACUGGGCCCCAGAUUUCUGUGUACAGUGGCAUUCCUGACCGGCAGACCGUGCAGGUGAUCCAGCAGGCCCUGCACCGUCAGCCCAGCACCGCAGCUCAGUACCUGCAGCAGAUGUACGCAGCACAGCAGCAGCACCUCAUGCUGCAGACGGCCGCCCUCCAGCAGCAGCACCUCAGCAGCGCCCAGCUCCAGAGCCUGGCGGCUGUGCAGCAGGCAAGCCUGGUGGCCAACAGACAAGGGAGCACUUCCGGCAGCAGUGUGUCUGCACAGGCCCCAACCCAGUCAUCCUCGAUAAAUCUGGCAGCCUCCCCAGCAGCGGCCCAGCUCAUCAACCGGGCUCAGAGUGUCAACUCAGCGACAGCCUCGGGCAUCGCCCAGCAGGCCGUGCUCCUGGGCAACACGUCUUCUCCAGCCUUGACGGCAAGCCAAGCACAGAUGUACCUGAGGGCACAGAUGGCCCAGCCAGGUAACCUGGUGCAGGUAGCUAGGAGCCUAGGCGGCACUGUUCCUUUGUCCCCUCAGCUCAUCUUCACGCCCACGGCCACCGUCGCUACUGUGCAGCCUGAGCUCGGCACUGGCUCCCCCGCCCGGCCCCCCACCCCCGCCCAGGUACAGAACUUGACCCUCCGAACACAACAGACACCAGCUGCAGCAGCCUCGGGCCCUACCCCCACUCAGCCUGUCCAGCCCAGCUUGGCCCUGAAACCCACACCAGGUGGUAGCCAGCCUCUGCCUACCCCAUCACAAGGCAGAAACACUGCUCAGGGUUCCCCCGCAGGUGCCAAGCCUGGCAUGACUGACAGCGUGAUGGAGCCACUCAAGAAAGGAGAUGGUAACAGCAGUGUGCCAGGGAGCUUGGAGGGCCGGGCUGGGCUCAGCCGGAUGGUGCCCGCUGUGGCUACCCACCCACUCAUUGCACCAGCCUAUGCUCAGCUACAGCCACAACAGCUCCUAUCACAGCCAUCUUCGAAGCACCUGCAGCCCCAGUUUGUGAUCCAACAGCAGCAACAGCAAGCACCACAGCAGCAGCAGCCCCAGCAGUCACGGCCCGUACUCCAGGCCCAGUCCCACCCCCAGCUUGCCUCCAUCCCUCCAAGUGUGGCCCUGCAGCCCAGCCCCGAGGCCCACGCCAUGCCGCUAGGCCCAGUUACGUCCACCCUGCCUCUCCAAUGUCCCACUGCCAACCUGCACAAGCCUGGCAGCACUCAGCAUUGUCACGCUUCCACGCCAGACGCGGGGCCUCACAAUGGAUAUCCUGAGGGCCUGUCCCACACCCCUCAACGCAGGUUCCAGCACGCCUCAGCUGUCAUCUUACAGCUGCAGCCUGCUUCACCAGUGCCACAGCAGUGCACCCCAGAUGACUGGAAGGAAGUGGUACCUGGGGAGAAGAGUGUACCUGAGACUCAGUCUGGUCCAUCACCGCAUCAGCAAGCCAUCGUCACUGCCAUGCCUGGUGGCCUGCCUGUACCCAAGAGCCCUAACACCCAGCAGUGCCCAGCUCACGAGACAGGGCAGGGCAUUGUUCAUGCACUGACCGACCUCAGCAGCCCCGGCAUGACCUCAGGGAACGGAAAUUCUGCCUCCAGCAUCACCGGCACUGCCCCCCAGAAUGGUGAGAAUAAACCACCACAGGCCAUUGUGAAACCCCAAAUCCUGACGCAUGUUAUCGAAGGGUUUGUGAUCCAGGAGGGGGCGGAGCCUUUCCCGGUGGGACGCUCGUCCCUGCUGGUGGGGAAUCUCAAGAAGAAGUAUGCACAGGGGUUCUUGCCUGAGAAACUUCCACAGCAAGACCAUACCACCACAACUGACUCUGAGAUGGAGGAGCCCUAUCUGCAAGAAUCCAAAGAGGAGGGUACUCCCCUCAAACUCAAGUGUGAGCUCUGUGGCCGGGUGGACUUUGCCUACAAGUUCAAGCGUUCAAAGCGCUUCUGUUCCAUGGCUUGUGCAAAAAGAUUGAUACUGUCUUUGGUGCUGUCCCCCUCAGGCUGCCAGGAGAUAGCAGAGGAAUUCCGUGCCCAGGAAAUCGACGGGCAAGCUCUGCUGCUGCUCAAGGAAGACCAUCUGAUGAGUGCUAUGAACAUCAAGCUGGGGCCCGCCCUGAAGAUCUAUGCUCGCAUCAGCAUGCUCAAGGACUCGUAGGGCUCGCCAGGGGAGCCAGGAUUCUGGCCCAGGACGCCUCCUCCCAGCUGAGCAGAGCCAGGCAGACAUUCCUAAGGGGCCCAGACACGGGGCCAGUAGGAGGGCAGGGGCUCUCCCUGUGGGGCGUGGCUGGUGAGGAGGUCUUGGCACCUCCUCCAUGGCUCUCAGGGGCCUUUCUUUCUGUGGGAGGGGCAGAGAGGUAGGUGGCGCAGAAGAUGGGGCUUUAUGCUUGUAAAUAUUGAUAGCACUGGCUUCCUCCAAAGUCCCAAUACUCUAGCCCCGCUCUCUCCCCCUCUCUCCGUCCCCCAUUUUCCAGGGGGUAUAUGGUCAGGGCUCCCCAACCUGAGUUGGGUUAUUUCCAAGGGCAGCCAUCAGGCCUGGAUAGAGGCCUGGAAAGCCCUUGCCUGCCUUCCUCCCACUUCUUGCUCCAGGCCUGGCUAAUGCCCCUGCUGCCAGCUUCUCCCCUUCAGCUUGUUUCUGAAGCAGCCAGGUGUUUCCCCCCUUCACUUUCUGCAGGUGGAGAGAGAGAAGCUGGGCCCAUUUUGGCCAUGCCUGCUGGCACAGACGCCUUAACGCUGUGUGUGUGACUGAAUGACUGUGUGGGAGCCUGGACUGACAGAUAGGCCAAGAGCCACCCUCUGGCUUCUGCAGGUGUUUUGUAGCAAACAGCCACUUAGUGCUUUGUCCUGGACUCCACUUAGCCUCAGGAUGGGGGAACAGAAAGAAGGGCGGCCCCAGUGCAGAGGCAAGGUCAGAAAGCGAUGAAGAGGAGGUGUUCCUUUCCAGACUCGUCACAAUGUCUCUGAAGCCCCUUCCCCACACUGUGAAGUUCCCCUGACUGCCCUGCUGUGUCACAAAUAGCAUUAAGGAAGCUGCCAGUGGGUGGGCUAGGUCAGGCGAGCCUCCUGUCCUGCCCACCCUGGGAGCCCCAGUGGUGGGGGCCCAGAGAACAUCUGAGGGGACAGAAGAGCUGGCGUGACCACUGACGGAAGAAGGCAGCCUUUGGCCUCCCACCCCCACACAUGGCCUCUGGAUCCUGCUAGCAGCAACUCGGGCUGCAGAGGAGGCAGGGCGAGGGCCUGCCUCUGACUCACCCUGUCCUUUGCAGGUUCCCCAGAAGAAGGUGGGGCACCUUUCUCAGCUUGUUCUAUUCCCCAGUUACACCCCCAGGCAGGGUUGGAAAUGAAGGACUUUUUUAACCUUUUGUUUUUGUUUUUUUAAAAAUAAAUCUGUAAAAUCUCU